UUUUAUUCGCCAAGAAAUUUUGUUUACUCUGAUUUCCAUAACAGUAUAAGACAUAAGUAUAUUGAAUAAUUAUUUUUCAUGUUAAGCUUUUCAAAAUUAUUUUCCGUAAAAUAAAUAAAACUUAUAGAUCAGUUAACAGUUAGUCCUAAGCUAAGACAGUUUUAUUUUUAAAUAAUUGUUGUUGUGUUGUAUUCAAUUCAUACAAGUAACAGCUAAUAUAAUAAAAUAAAUAUAUAUAAUAAGCGAUUAAGUGAAAGUCAAGUUCAAUAUGUGUGGAGGUUUUACGUGCUCUAAAAAUGCUCUUAUAGCAUUAAACAUUCUCUAUGUGGUUGUGGCCUCAAUUCUUAUAUCAGUAGCUGUCUAUGGCCAGGCUUCAGCUUUAACAACCUUACCUAUAGUUGGAGGGAUAAUGGCUUGUGGAAUUUUACUAAUUCUAAUAUCACUACUGGGUUUAGCUGGUGCUGUGAAGCAUCAUCAAGUCAUGUUAUUCUUUUACAUGGUGAUUUUAUUUCUUUUGUUUCUGGUGCAGUUUUCAAUUGCUUGUGCUUGUCUUGGAGUUAAUUCUGACCAGCAAGAGAUGCUGGCACAACAGGGAUGGAAUUCAGUUGAUCUGGAUAUGAAGGAGCAAGUGCAGGAGAGAUUCCAAUGUUGCAGCUUUAAAAGCAGAGCAAUUGCACCAAAUGCCACCUUGGAUUACCCUUCAUGUGCUGUUGUUGAUGGAAAUUGCUGUAACCACAUGACAAUCACAGAUAAAUGUAAAUGUGAGCCAUGUAUGGAGAAGCUGAAGGAAACCAUAGAUUAUGCAUUUAAACUGUGUGGUGGAAUUGGACUGUUCUUCAGCUUUACCGAGCUGUUCGCUGUAUGGAUCGCCCGACGUUAUCGCAACCAACCGGACCCAAACUACAAAGAGCCACAUGCUGUAUUCCCUAGACAAAACUACUUAUAUUGAUUUUUAGCAUAUCAGUGUUAGUAUAGUAACUUAUCACAAUACUCUGCUUACGAAAUUAUUUACCUACUUAUUUGUAAAAACUAAAUUAGGACCACCGUUGUCUUUCUCUUAGGCUGAAAUUUAUAGAGCGCUCGUAGGGUAAGAUUCAGAGUCUAGACUUAGCACAGGAUCCUAACCGUGUGAUAAUAAUCGUUAUUGUGUUAUAUAUGAUAUGAUUUUUUUUUGUGUACAUACGAUGACUUCGAUCAUUAAUAACCAAUAUACGUGUACCUUAUUUGGUAUUCGUAUGGCCAUAAUACUCAGUGUAUUGUAAUAAAACGAGGCUUCAGGACACGACUAUUAAAUAUGAGUGUUGGUACAAUACUGAUCUAUAUUAAAAAGAUCGAUACAUUUAUAUUAAUCAUGUAGGCACAUACGAUAAUUUUACGGGCCUGGUAUGAUAGCCUGGCAUCAGGUAGUGAACAGUCUCAAAUCCAAUAAGGUUUUGGCAAGUCUCGACUCUGUAUCUUACCCACAAACAUUGGUUACGCUAAACUAAGAUAAGUACAGUGUUGUAUCAGGAUUUGAAUUAAUCGUCUUGGGCUAAGAAUUUACUCAGGUAUAUUCUUUCAUCAUUUUAUAAGUACCUUUAUAAAUUUCACCCUUCAAUGGGACUUAAGACCGAUUUAGUCUUAGUAUUUACUUAAAAGAACAAUAACAUAUAACUUGACAUAUGUUACUAUAAUUAUGUAAAUAUGCUGCUGCUGCUAUAUAUUUCGGACACUUUCAUUAAAUUUUAACAAUUACUUUAACAGCAUUACCAGUGAAACUUCAUAGAAAUCGAUAUAAAAAAAAAUCUAGAAAAACUCAACUAUAAUUAAUUCUUUAACAAAUUUCAACGAUAAUAUGUAUUUUUAACGUACGUGUUUUAAAUUUUACCUACGUGUAAUGUUAAAAAAAAAUUAUAAACGUACUAUAAGCCUCAAAAAGAGUUAGGUCUGAUAUUCAAUCCUCAAAUAAACUUAAGUCUAAAUGCACUCAAACUAGUCGUUUGUCUCGUUACAUCACAAUGUAAACACAAUUUAAGGGGAAAGAGACGAAAGAGUGCAAGAUUUUAGUUUUAUGAAUGGGGUAAUUAGUUUAUAAUCCAUUAAUCAACACUCCGUGAUAAAAUGUUUUUUUCGACUCAUGAGGCAUCAAAUUAUUUAAUUAACGUAGGUAAGUCAGCUUAGUACGUACGUAACACUGAAAAUGUUUAGAACUGGCCAGUUAGAAACAUUGCUAAUGAAACUUUUUUUGAAUUUAAAUUUUAGAAUUCUUGGUAUAUUGCAUUCAUUUGUCAUUGACUCUUGUUACACGUGAUAAUUAACCGAACGCGAGGGAAUUUUUGGUCAAUGAUUUAUUAUAACUUUCGUUUUGGGCUUACUCAACAAAAAAGCUAUGAAAAGCUGCGAUUAGCAUUUCUUAAUGAAGCCCCAUCUCGUGCCACUAUUUACAAUUGGUUUAACGAGUUUAAGCGUGGACGUAGCAAUCUCAAUGAUGAUCCGCGUGAGGCACGUCCUUUGACAGCGACUACUAAGGAUAACCUAUAAGCAAAUACGGGCAAGCCUAGGCAUUGGAGUCAAGUUCAAAAAAUAUUACACAAAUAUUUAGGCGUCAGGAAGCUUUGUACCAGAUGGAUUCCCCAUACUUUAACCUACGACCAGAAACACGGCGGUGACUCGAAUGCUGUAUUUGAAAUCGUCGAAUGCGAUGAAACCAGGAUAUAUUGCUACGAACCCGAAACCAAAAGGUCAUUUCGCGACAGUUGUGCUAGAAGAUGGAAGGACAGUUACUGCAGACUGGUAUGUCAAUCGCUCUUUGCCUGUUGUCUUGGAAAAAAUUCGACAGCAGCGCCCUCGAAGCAGGAUUCUCCUUUAACCACGACAAUGCUUCAGCGCACUCUGCAAAACGGACUGUUGAAUAUUUGACUAUCGCAGGUGUCGAGACAAUGAGUCAUCCGCCAUACAGUCCUGACCUGGCACCCUGCGACUUUUAUUUAUUCCCAAGCACUUAAGAUAAAUUCGAUAUGUUCGCUUUACGAGCCCUGAAGAUGCGGUGAAAGCGUAAAUGCCAUAGAAGAGACCCCUAAGGAAAAAUGGGCCCACUGCUUUUCUCAAUGGUUCCAUCGAAUGCGACGAUGUGUAGAGAGGAACGGAGAUUACUUCGAAAAACAAUAAAAGUAUUGGCAACUUUCUACAUUAAGCCGUUUUUCAUUUUCUAAACAUUUUCAGUGUUACCUAGGUAAUGCUCAAGAAUUUAAGCAUAAUUUUAUGAAUUAUGACUAAAUAUGUCUAGUUUAUUUAAAUUUAGGCGUUUCAAGACUAUGUUUCUUAGCUCUUCCUAAACAUAUUUAGGUUUGUGUUCGAGAAACAAGUUUAAGCCAUUUAACACAUUACAUAUUAGAGGCUAUCAACAGUCUGAAUUUUUCUAAGAAGUGUUAAUCUGUAUUGUAUAUUUAUGUUAUAAAAAAAAAAUAUGUCGAAUUAUGGCUUUUAGGCUAAAAUGCAGAUUUUCUUGAAUAUGUAUUAUACGUUAUUCCUGCAAUAUUUUAAUUGUAUGAAUUAAUUUUUCUUGCCAAUUAUGUUUUAAUGUAUAUCAAUAAUUGGUGUCUCAUUUAGUGGCAUUUGUGUAUGCACCUUAUUCAAAUGUCAAAAUGUCAAACUUUGUCAUCCUUGCCACUUUUGUAUAUUUUUGCCACCUUUUUUGUUUUUUCGAAAAUGCUUAAACGUGUGUCCCUCAUGUAUGGUUAAUCCCGAUAUUUGUAUCUCUUCAACCAGGCUGAUAAUAGUGCAUCUCAUACUAAUCGGGUGUCAGAGUUUCCAGAAAGGUUUUUUAUUUAAUGAUGGUUUUCGUAUUGUUUUUGAUAAAAAUUGGCUGCUAUGAUAAUUUAGAUAUAUUGAUUACCUAUAACCCCAGGUAUACGAGUUUACUGUCUACAUCUAACCGAGUAAACCACUGUUUAUAUAUGAAUUUAGGUUCCAGCCCUAAGUUUUAUAAAUAAUAAUACUAGUCGUGCCAGUGAUUUUUUUGAAUAAAUCAGCAAAUCAAAUAUUCUCAUAUAGGUUAUUCAUUAUGAAAUAUCGAAUUUUAGUUUUUGUUCUACGUAAUGUGAAAAUGUGAAUGUGAAAUAAAGGAAAUUACCGAUUAAUAAGUUCAAUUUUCUAUAGUUUUAAUUUAGAUUAAUUUUUGCUGUAGCUUUAAAAUCUCAAUUGAGUUCUUUAGGUUAUAAGAUUAGUCAUUUUGUUAGCUAGAUAAUUGUAUUUUCUGAGGAACAAUGGUAGUGUAGCUUUACAACUACUUCAAUCUCCUGUGUAUAUGUGGAUUAAACUUAAUAAAAUGUUGCGCAUUGA